GGAGCCUCCUGCGUUGGUCUGACCCAGUAUGUGUGUGUGUGAGAGUGUGUUUGAAUGAGUGUGUGUGCUGACAGCAGCUGACAAAGGUGACAUUCAGUUUCACUCGUUUGGAAUAAAUGAAAAGCUUUAAAAUCCGGAUAUUUACAUGAACCAGCGAUGCCCUGUGUACAAACCCUGUAUGCAUCCCUGCCGCAUGAGACCUACUUCAGCUCUGAGUUCUUGAAUCCUGACCUCAGUGCCAAACUGGUGAUGGACAUCAGUGGCCAAAAGGACCAGCUGUCUACAUCUUCAUUGCCCAGCAUCAACACUUUAGUGGGAAAUGGCUAUGUGGGAGAGUUUGACGCUUAUUCCUGCAAGAUAUCCACCGCUCCUUCCGCCGCUACAGUUUCAUUUAGCCACGCCGCGGUAGCUGAAAGCUCCUGCUCUCAGAUGCAGAACCAAGCCUUCAAACUGGAUGAUCUUCAGGUGUAUGGCUGUUACCCAGGUUCCUUUGCACUGAGCUGCCUUGAUGAAAAAUCAUGUGGCUCUGACUACUACGGCAGCCCAAUUUAUGCCGCUGCUUCUCCUCCAUCAUCUGGCUUUCAGGCCCAGUCUGCACCUGUCUGGGAUUCCCCUUUCAGCCCCUACCCCUCAGCCCCCCCCUCCUCUGUGGCUGAUAAGGCCUCUAUGGCCCAGCAGCUCUCCUUUUUCACCUUUAGCACCACACCAGAGCAGCACUCUCCCCUGGGGCAGCAUCAGGAUGCUCAGCCGGGCCACGACGACCCUUUCUUCAUGCCUCCUCAGCAGCAUGUCUCUCCACUUCAUUGUCCACCCAUUUCCCUGGAGCACGUACCCCUGGAAAGCCCCAGGAUAGUGGAGGGGGCCAUGACGUCUCCAAAAACCCAGAAUCCAGGAUCCAGUGAGGGCCGCUGUGCAGUUUGUGGUGACAAUGCAUCCUGUCAGCACUAUGGAGUCCGCACCUGUGAGGGUUGUAAAGGUUUCUUCAAGCGAACUGUACAGAAAAAUGCAAAGUAUGUGUGCCUUGCCAAUAAAGACUGUCCUGUGGACAAGAGGAGGAGAAACCGCUGCCAGUUCUGCCGUUUCCAGAAAUGUCUUGCAGUGGGAAUGGUCAAAGAAGUUGUUCGCACAGACAGCCUUAAAGGUCGCCGGGGUCGUCUUCCCUCCAAACCCAAGACUGUGGCCGAGUCUUCAUCCACAACCCACAGUGUCAACACCAUAGCCUCUCUUGUCAGGGCUCAUUUAGACUCAAACCCAACCAUUGGAAAGCUCGACUACUCCAAGUACGAGGAGACAGUGGACAACCUGAAAGAAAAGGAGGAUGCUGGUGAUAUUCAGCAGUUUUAUGAUUUGCUGACUGGUGCUUUGGAUGUAAUAAGGAGCUGGGCUGAAACCAUCCCAGGAUUCACAGAAUUCUGCACAGAGGACCAGGAGCUGCUCCUUGAAUCAGGCUUUGUUGAACUCUUCAUUCUGCGACUCGCAUACAGGUCAAAUCCUGAGAAGAACAAGCUGAUCUUCUGUAACGGUUUGGUCCUCCACCGACUGCAGUGCAUUCGCAGUUUUGGUGACUGGAUUGACUCCAUCAUGGAUUUCUCCCAGAGCCUUCACCGCAUGAACUUAGAUGUCUCCUUGUUUGCCUGCCUUGCAGCGUUAGUUAUCAUCACCGAUCGCCAUGGCCUCAAAGAGCCCAAACGGGUCGAGGACUUUCAGACUCAUCUCAUCACUUGUUUAAGGGAACACAUGAGCGGAAACGGAUCGGAACCAAGUCGCUCCCAGUCCAGCUAUCUUUCUCGUCUUCUGGGCAAACUCCCCGAAUUGAGGACUCUGUGCACACAGGGCCUACAGCGCAUCUUCUACCUGAAACUGGAGGACCUGGUUCCCCCUCCACCAAUAGUGGAGAAAAUCUUUAUGGAUACUCUGCUGUUCUGAAAAAAACACAAACAUAAAUGAUAGACACAAAGCCCCUAAUGAGAGGUUUUAUGAUUGAACUCUACUGGUGAACAUCCUUCUAUCACAUUGACUUGUGUGCUGAAAAUGUCUGGCAUUGUUCAAGAGACCAUUAUUUUUCUAACAUUAAGUUUAAAAACUGAAUAUGUUACCUGUGUGAAUACCGCAUAAAGAUGUCACAGACAGAGUGGAAAUACUAUUAACAGUUCAGGACACAGUUUAUAUAUAUAUAUAUAUGUUUGUGUGCAUUUGUAAAAUGACUUUAUUGCUGUGCUGGAUGUGUGAAUGUUGUCCUGCUAUGCAGCUAUUAAGACAUGGAUAUUUGGCUAGACGCAAUCCCAUGGUUACAUACUCAGCUUUUCUUAUAAACAAAAGAAACACACUAAUCUCUUAAAAAGCGUGAUUUGCUUUUUAAUCCAAGCUGAGAUAGUCCUACUUUUCAAAAGGGAAAUUUUAAUAUUUUCUUUGUAUCACAAAAGAUAGUUUUAGUCGCAAUCAUGCUCCUGUGGAAGGUCUUGGACCAAAGUUUACUCUUAUUUUGAUACUGCCACUUACAAACCUUAUUGCCUUAUGCUAAUCAAAAUGUUCUGCUAUAACUCCUCCCUGCCAUUUUGCAACACCUUGUAAAGGCUGAUGCUGGCAGGGUUCCUGUUGAACCGCAUGUUCCUGUAACAACAUAAGUUGUACUUUUAAGAACAAAAAUGGACUUGCUGAAUGGAAAUACAAAGUGCCUUUUAUAAAGCCUCACUCCUUGAAUCAUAAUAAGUAACACUAAGCGAGUUUUCAUUCCAAAUAUCACAUAGCCGUAUUUAUUACAGAUGUGAAAUAAUCUUUUACACCAUCAAAUUUAUUUUUGUAUUUGAUAUGAAGUGCCUGAGGCAUGCGAUUGUCAAUACCCUUUGACAAAAACAUUUCAGGGUCUGCUUCUAUCCACAAUUACAACAAUUACAACAAUACAGUAUACCCUGAUUUGUUUUUACCCAAAACUACUUGAAAAUACACAUGCACAAGCAGACAUUUCAUGUUUGGCAUCAACUGGUUACUUGUCUUUGGCAGCAAAUCUGUUACCCUACAUGUGUUCGUAAAAUCUUCCACAUUAUUUCUUUGAGUUGUGCAGUUUAUUUUGUAUUUUCAUCUCAAAAUGAGCUAAAUAAAUAUCUUAAGGAAUCACAGUGAAAUGUGAUGAAAAGAUGAGCAGCUAUGAGCACUUCAAACAGUAUUCAAACAAUAUGAAGAACACUUCUUUCUCCUACUGUAUGUGUUUUGGUUGCAACAUGUGUGGACUUUGAAAAUACUGCCAGGGCUUUCGUAAAAUAGUGCAGAAGUGUUAAAAGACACCACUGGUUGCCUUUAUUUAAAUGUUAGGGAAUGGAGUGAUAUAUUUCCUGUAUGCCUUGUUGCCUUUGCCAUAUUGUAGUUUCUAUGCUCUCUGAAUAUAUCUUUAUUUUCUUCUGGUUUC